CAUUGGCAGUCGGCUGAAGACAUCCAUUUGAGGAAACAUGAAGCUGGUGGUGAUCUGCGCUCUGGUGGCCCUGGCCGCGGCCCGGCCGCAGGAUUUCGUCGAUGACUCUCCAAUCCUCCAGGAGAUCAAAUACAAGACGCUUGAGGAUGCUGGCAUCCUGCGCAUGGAGUCGAACAUGAACGAGGACGGCUCGUUCCAGUACGGCUUCGAGACCACCGACCCGAUCCAGCAGGACGUGGCUGGACAGCCCAGACAGAUCGGAGAGGAAGUUGGAAUGACUAUGCAGGGAUCCUAUAGCUUCCAGACCCCCGAGGGUCAGACCAUCACCAUCAACUGGGUGGCCGACGAGAACGGCUUCCAGCCGCAGGGCGAGGCCAUUCCUCAGGACGCGAACUCGCAGUCACAGGCUUCUGAGCAACUCGAGUUCAACGAGCAAAUUUAACGGAUCAUACCCUAGUGCCUUCACCCUGGUGACCGCCUGACAACGGCUGAAAUGCUGACAUUAGCUUCUGAUUACAUUGAUUUUGUAAUCCAGUGUUGUAUGAACAUUGUUAUAAUUAUUCAUGUAGAAUAGCUGAGCAUACUGAACAUGCAAUACAACUCGUGUUCUUAA